AUGGAUGUUUGGAAGACGAAAGGGAAGAAAAACGUGCUGAUGAAGGCUUGGGAAAGAUGCAGAUCACUGGGAAACACAGGCAGGAAAUCAUCAGCUACUCCGUCUCCAUUGAUGAGAAAGAGCAAAUCAUGUCAUGUUUUCCCAUCCAUCCAAGAAGAAGACAAUACGAAGAAGAAGAAGGACAAGUGCUUUCUUGUAGCUCCGGAAGGUUGUUUUUCGGUGUACGUUGGACCCCAAAGGCAAAGAUUCAUGAUCAAGACACAGACGGUGAAUCAUCCAUUGUUCAAGUUGUUGCUUGAAGAUGCCGAGCUCGAGUAUGGGUUUAGCCCUGAAGGCCCUCUUCUUCUUCCUUGCAACGUCGAUUUGUUUUAUAGGGUUUUGGCAGAGAUUGAUGAUAAUGGAGAUGGAGACAUGAGUCCUUUUGUUUGCGGAUUUGGUUAUAGUCCCUGUCGUCAUCGUUCAAGAAACAUUAAUAAAGGAUAUGGAUCGUAUAAGCUUCUUUGUUCAUCUCCGAUGACUAAAUUGAAUAGUUAUUAA